UAUUUCUUCAUUGUGCUGGAUGAGCUUUUUUGCUGUUUGAAUGUAUAAGUCGUUUCUGUGAUUGGCGUUGAUUUUUCUUUCUCUUAUAGUUUUCAUUUUCCAAACUUCCAUGCAUUUCAUGCAUAUCUAUCUUUAUCCUGUCCUGCAUACCUAGGUAGAUCCUGAUGGUCGGGUCAAGUCUAUACAUCAUGACUUUGGCGAAUGCCACAUUCCCUGGAUUUGAAGAUCCAUUCACCCUCUCGUCCGUCAUCUACAUGAAGCAUUCUCAUGUAAUUUCCCUUUUACUUGUCUCUACCUGCAAUGUCUCGUAAAAAAGUUGCAAUCGUUGGCAGCGGUUGCGCUGGUAUCGGAGCGCUCUGGGCCUUGCAACACACUGAACAUGACAUUCAUCUCUAUGAGAGCGAAGACCGUCUCGGAGGCCACACUAAUACCGUGACAUUUGAGCAUGACGGUCACAAUACCAAUGUUGAUACGGGUUUCAUUGUGCUGAACACAGCCACAUAUCCAAAUUUUAUUUCGUUUCUCAAACAACUUGAUGUCGAGACUCUUCCCACUGAAAUGACUUUCGGCGUAUCACGGGACCAAGGAGCAUUUGAAUGGGCAGGAACAUCAUUGUCCGCAGUAUUUGCUCAAAGAUCUAAUAUCUUCCGGCCGCGCAUGUGGCGCAUGAUAUUCGACAUUAUCCGCUUUAAUCAAUUUGCACUGGAUUUACUCGUUGACGAAAGUCAAGACCUAGAAGAAGAAAGCCACUCUUCAACUGGAAAAGCAGCUGCACCUCCAUCUUUCAGCUUCUCAAAACAGAUCAGUAUUGGCGAGUAUCUUGAACGCGAAGGCUACUCUGAUGCUUUUCGCGAUGACUAUCUUAUUCCCAUGACGGCCGCAGUUUGGAGUACCAGUCCGGACAAAUGCUCACUCGAAUUCCCAGCCAUGACUCUUGUCCGAUUCAUGUGGAAUCAUCAUCUACUCAGUACUGUCCGUGCUCGACCGAAAUGGCUAACUCUCAAGCACGGCGGCAAAGCGUAUAUCGAUGCUGUCAUGAAGCGAUUUCCUUCCGAUCGUAUCCAUCUUUCCACCCCAAUCGCAUCCGCAAGUAGCUCUUCCGACGGACGAGUCUUGCUUCGCGCUACUCGCGGCACAAUUGAAACAUUCGACCACGUCAUUCUCGCCACGCACGGGGAUCAAGCCCGGCAGAUCAUCCUCCAAGGCGGUGCGACAGAAGAAGAGCUGGAUAUCCUGAGUUGUUUCCAAACCAGCGCAAAUACGGCCGUGCUUCAUUCCGAUCUCUCCCUUAUGCCCACGCGUCCCCUGUCCUGGUCAGCAUGGAAUUAUCUCACUCGUAGUAGUCCUGACGCUACUUCGUCCAAUGCGCAUCCCUCUCCACCUCGCUCUCACCCAGAAGUAUGUCUGACAUACAAUAUGAAUAUGCUGCAACACAUUCCACAGGAAACCUAUGGACACGUUCUGGUCACAUUAAACCCGCUGACGGAGCCUGAUCUGUCUCUCGUCCGCGGCCGCUGGACUUAUCAACAUCCUUUGUAUAACGCUGCUGCUGUCUCCGCGCAAGCCCGACUCCCGCGUAUUCAGAACACACGGGGGAUAAGUUACGCUGGGGCAUGGACAAAGUAUGGCUUUCACGAAGACGGGUUCUCGAGCGGACUCAAGGUUGCAAUAGAGCAUCUUGGCGCGGAAAUUCCCUUUGAGUUUGUUGAUUCAACCUUUUCAAGAGGAAAACGGCCGGUAUUGGGAUGGGAGGAUUGGAUGGUGCGUAUUGCUGUGCUGUUUGUGCAGUGUUUAAUUGCGAUUUGGGGGACGCUGGUUUUGGGGAGAAAAGAGCGGAUUCCGGUGCAGCUCGAGGGAAUAUUGGGACGCUGGUCUGGAAAGAAGAGAAAGGCGUUGUGAGUGUCAGGCGUAAUGUACAUGAGUAUGUCACAGAAUGUCAAAGACAUGUGGAAGCUAUUAUAUUAUAUUUCUUAAUGGUGGAGAUGAUUAAAGAAAAGCAUUAUAUGCAUGAACAA